AUGGGCACUUCAUUGGCGCGCCCGAACGUGCAAACUUCCCUUGAGUCCCUGGAGCUCUCGCCGGAGCUCCGAGGCCACUCCCCCCACGAGCUGCUGGCCGUCGCGAGGGCACUGAAGCCAGAGCCGGGGAACCGCACAAGGUUUUGGCAGCUGUGUCUUGGUGUUGAGCCGUUGAAGGAGGAGGAGCCCUGCGAUGUGCUUGCCUGGCUGCUCCAACUUCCCAGCCCGGAUGCGGACAACUCGGACGAGUGCAUCCGUCUGGAUGUUCCGCGAACCCCCGUCCCAGAGCACAUGCAGAGCUCGGACGACUUCCAGCACAAUUUGCAUGCGGUGCUCCUGGCCUACGCUCGCCGGAAUCCUGCGAUAGGCUACAAGUCCGGCAUGAGCUUCAUUGCGGGCGCACUGCUUGGCGAGAUGGACAGGGAAGAUGCCUUCUGGUGCUUUUGCGCUAUUAUCGAGAGGAUGUUACCUCCGGGCAUAUUCGAGGACGGCAGCCGCGCUCGAUUUGAAGAGGCCACUGUCUUUCCCGAGCUGCUUCGCAAGACCCGUCCGAAGCUACAUGCACACCUCGAGCGCGAGAUGGCGUAUUGGCAUGGCUUUCUGCACUCCUGGAUCUACACCCUCUUCACAUACCUCAAAGUGCCCUACGUGGUGCAGUUGCGUUUGUGGGAUGGUUUGUUCCUGCGUGGUUUCGACGGCCUGCAUCAGGUGGGCCUGGCCAUCUUCCAGCAGCUUGAGCCCAUCCUUCUCGCCUGCCGAGGUCUCGAGGAGGCAUCACACGUGGGCCGCGAUCACUUGCCCAUAGAUUGGACCAAAGUCGAUUUCCUCGACUUGCGCACGGGUGUGGACAACAAGUUUAUCGAGGAGUGCCGGCGAUCAGGAUUGCUCGAACAGCAACAGCGAGCUCCCAUACGUCGCUACGUCCUGGAGUGGAGCAUCCACUCCCAUCAUCGGUUCCGACCGAAGCGCAAGCGGUCCGUGCUGGCGGUGCUCAUGCUUCAGCGAAGGUGUGGCUCUUUGUUUAACAGGCUCUCCAAAGCGCUGUGGCUGAACAAGAUCCUGCCGCUGACGUAG